ACAAGUGCAUAUAAAUUCACAUCAAUUUAAUUUCAAAACAGACUUCGGUCAAUAAUUGUACAAUGGCGUUCAGAACUUUGUGUCUUCUCAGCCUUCUGGCGUUCUCUCACGCUGGUGUUCUUCAACAAUUUAGUCCCAAAAUUGUGGAUGGGGAAGACGCUAAAAAAGGCGAGAUUCCCUAUCAGGUAUCUCUUCAAGAGAAAGAUUCUUCCUUCCACUUUUGUGGCGGCUCAAUCCUGAAUGAUUACUAUGUUAUUACGGCAGCUCAUUGUGUUGAUGGCAUGUUCCCACGUUCAAUACAAGUUGUUGCUGGCAUCAUCAAUCUAAGUGAUAUUAAGAAAUCGAUACAUAACGUCGUAAAAAUUGUUAUGCAUCCAAAAUAUAACGAAUUUGAUUCCUAUGUUAACGAUAUUGCUUUAAUAAAGGUAAAAACUCCCUUUAAAAAUUCUACUACUGUCAAACCCGUUCCUUUGCCAUCAAAGAAUUACGUGGUUAAAGCCAACGAUGUCGCUGUUGUGUCGGGAUGGGGCAGCAAAAAGGUAAACGGACCGACUACUACUAAAUUACAACGAGUCAACGUUCUCAUCACUGAUCACAAAAAAUGCAAGUCCAUAUAUCGUAAAGUAAGAUAUGAUGUCUAUUCCACGCAAAUUUGCGCAAACGACCCGACAUUCGAGAAAGGAUCAUGUCAGGGUGACUCUGGUGGCCCAUUGACUGUUCGUGGAAAACUCGUUGGAUUAGUGUCUUGGGCAAUAGAUUGUGCUCGCACUGACUAUCCUACUGUCUUCACAAAUGUUAUCUCUUAUCUGAAUUGGAUUAAAAAGAAUGCAGUAUAAACCAGCUCAUUUGUCUCGAGUUCUGAGUUAUACUCUGUUUUUCAUGUACUCUCUAUAUAAUUUUCUAAUUACAAUAUCAAUUCUUAAAAUCGUAGAAAAGAAAUAUAUUUCUUCGAUGUAAAAAAAAUGUGUGAUAAUAAUUAAUUGUACAUGUACGUGUAGAUAUAUAAAUGUAUACAAUAAUCUUUAAAAUUUUGUAUUAGGAUUAAAUAAUAAAUAAUCUUAAUUUAUUAUAAAAAAA